CCGCGUCACGCGUGACGUGCCGUGGACGCGCGCUGCGCAUGCUCGUGUGAGCCGGGGAAGAUGUCGGCGCCGUGCUGGAAUCUGCUGAGGUCGGCUGUGGGAGGUCUUUGCUACUUACCAACCAGAAGACUCUGUUUAAGGGCAGGUCAUGUGCAGAUCGUCACCAAUCACAGAUCACAGCCGUCUGUCUUACACUGCAGAGCCCUUCACUGCAGCCGCUACCCUUUACUAAACAGCACCAAGACAGAGUCUCAGAGAGCAGCAGAAGCGCCUAAAGCACCAGAGACUACAAGCGGACAAAAGAAGGCAGAAGACGAUGAGGUGGAGGAAGAAUACGGACCAGAGUAUAUUCCCAGACGGAAGGCGAAAAAUCCAAUGACGAUAAUAGGAUAUGCAUGGAUUAUUGGUCUUCCCACUGGUAUAAUCGGGUUUAUUCUGGCUAAGAAGCAGGUGGACAAGAACAGACUGAAGCAGCUAAGAAUCCGGCAAAGGAUGAAGAAGGCCAACGAGGGAGAGUACGAAAGAGAGCGCUACAAACCAGCAGCAGGGCUGGAGUAACUUGACUGACUCACCGUAUGAAACCCUUUUGCAUCCAGGCUCGCCUUUCUUUGAGAUCAUCAAUGAAAACAUGAUGAAAAGCAUCAAACGUCAAAUUAAGGGCAUUUAGAAUCAAACCCGAAAACAACAGCUUUGUUGGCUUCGUCCAGUGCCAGAUUAUCAUGGGGAGAAUAAUAUACAUCUCUCACACCUCAUUAGAAUAAGAUUAGGAUUGGUCCUCAAGUUCUUAAACUAGCCUGGUUCUCAUACACUUGUAUAUGUUGGAUUGUGUAACAGCUUCAGUUGUCAUCUUGAGAAUCUGCUACUCUGUGCAUCAGUACUGAAAGGAUAUGUUUGUGUAUAGACACAAGCCUGUGAUUAGGCUUCAUGCACUGCACAUGUGAUGCCUGUGUGCAAAACUCACUUUAAGACCAAACACUGAAUUUUACAAGCUCCCUUUAUUUACAGAUGACAUUUAGGAAAGACAUCUCUGUUUAUGUAUAUAUAAAUGCAUCCAAGAUAACAAUGUAUAAAUGCAUUGAAAAUAAUCCAUUUAUUGCACAGUAAAAUAAGGUUGGCUACAAAGUAA